UCACCCUCUCUCUCUUCCUAUAUAUUUUAUCUGCCGCUAUAUUUUCUCUCACACUUGUAAAACUCUCCGGUUCAUCUCUCCCAAAAUGAACCCGGUUCAGUUCCGGCCACCAGAAACUCCAAUGGAGCUCAUGGAGUUUCUAUCUCGUUCAUGGAGCACCUCUUCCGUCCAAGUCUCCAAAACCCUCAAAGCUAACGCCGUCACCGACGACGCCGUUAAGCCCUCCGGCACCAUUUUGGAGAAUAUCUCCGGCGCCGACGAUGAAGAGGCCACUGUUUCCGGCAACCCCUUUUCGUUUGCUUCCUCGGAAACCUCGCAGCUUAUGGAGCGUAUAAUGUCUGAGGUAUCACCAAGGACAUCUGGAAGAUUAUCACACAGUAGUGGUCCUCUGAAUAGCUCUGUUACUGAUACUCCUCCUAUUUCCCCAUCCCAUGAUCUCAAGUAUUUUCGUGCGAAUAAUCCUGUAAACACACAGUAUAGGAGUAUAAAUGCUGGUGGUGGUGCCCCUUCUGUGGGAGGAAAAACAGUGGGAAGGUGGUUAAAAGACAGGCGAGAGAAAAAGAAAGAGGAAGCUAGAGCUCAUAAUGCUAAGAUUCAUGCUGCUGUUUCAGUGGCUGGGGUUGCUGCAGCUGUUGCAGCGAUUGCUUCUGCUACAGCUGCCUCUUCCGGUACUGGAAAAGAUGAAGAGAUGGCGAAAACUGACAUGGCAGUGGCUUCUGCAGCUACACUGGUUGCUGCACAGUGUGUUGAGGCAGCCGAAGCAAUGGGUGCAGAGAGGGAUCAUCUGGCUACAAUUGUUGGUUCGGCAGUUAGUGUACGGUCAGCUGGAGACAUUAUGACCUUAACAGCAGUUGCUGCUACAGCUCUGCGUGGUGUUGCUACAUUGAAGGCUAGAGCACUGAAGGAUGUCUGGAAUGUAGCUGCUGUAAUACCUGUAGAGAAAGGAACUAAUAUUGGUGGCAAUCAUGGAAGUAAUGGUAUAUGCAGUGGAGAGCUUGUUUCUGAAGGGAAUUUUGUUGAUAUUUGUAGUCGAGAAUUACUUGCUAGAGGUUGUGAGCUCCUCAAGCGCACGCGCAAAGGUGAUCUUCAUUGGAAGAAAGUGUCCGUCUAUAUUAACAAGAUGGGCCAGGUUAUACUGAAGAUGAAGAGUACACAUAUUGCUGGGACCAUAACUAAAAAGAAAAAGAAUAUAGUGUUGGAGGUGCUGAAAGAUAUGCCAGCUUGGCCGGGACGGCACUUGCUUGAGGGUGGUGAAGACAGGAGAUACUUUGCGCUGAAAACAGUAUCGCGUGGAGUGGUUGAAUUCGAAUGCAGCAACCAGAAGGAGCACAAUAUCUGGACUCAGGGUGUUUCAAGCUUGUUGGUACUCGCUGCUGAAAAGAACAAUAAACAUAGAUUAUAGGAUGAAUAUAAGAAAGGGUAAGAACUGGCAGAUGGGGUAUAUUGGUAGAAUGUUAUGGUCUAGUGAACUCUAGUUCGAGCUUUUGAAUUAACUAUUUGGUUUUUAAACAUAGUAGGGGUGCUUUCUUUCUUGUUUUAUGUUCCUCCUUCCGUUGUUUUCCUAUGUCAAGGAAGGCCUUGCUAUUGUAAAAAGGUGAAAGGAAAUUAUAAGUUAUCAAAAGGCAUUUUUCAGUC